ACAGUGUUGAAUGUCUGUUUGUAAAACAAACUAAAUAUUGGAAGAAGUGCUGUAGGAUUUAUACAAUGUAAAUCAUGUAGUAAUAGAGAAGGGAUCAUAAAAAGGAUAAUUAACUUUUAACUUAUUAAAAUUGUGUUUAUUUGUGUAGGCAAAUGGAAAAUGUGAAGACUAUUAUAAGUAUAUUUGCUAUAAAUAGCAUACUACAGUCAGUGUUUCCACAAAGAUUUGAACCUAGACUCGACAUCACCAGUUGUACAAAAAGUAAAGUAAAUAUAACCGUGCAUGAUGCAGUAGAUGGCGGUAUUGUAUAUAUACAAGGUCCCGGAACAUCAUGUAGACAAUCUACACAAGCUGGCGUCUCUAAACACGUCUUUGACGUCCAUACAUGCGCUAUAAAUUGGAGGGAGACAUUUCGAGUUAUUGUUCAAAGACAUCCACUCUACCAAACGGGUGCUGACAAACGUUUUCCUGUGACAUGUAUACCCGAUACUAGCGAUUUAAUUGUUGGCAAUCGAAUAGUGAACGUAAAUGUAUUGGAUAAAGAAGAAGAGGAUGGUGUAACUAAAACUGUUACACCAACAGCUACAAUGUACCUGUAUCGGGAUGGUGUUAAUGUUAACGGUAAAACUGUACAACUAACAGAACAGCUUACAAUGGUUAUACAACUUGAUAAUGAUUAUGCUGAUGACUUUGAUAUAGAAGCGAGUGCAUGUCAUGCUGAUAGUAUCGUGACCAUAAAAGAUAGUUGUGCAACAGACGACAACCUGUUCCCUACAUUUACACAUGUCCUGCAAGGAAAGUUGCAGUCAACGUUCGGUGUAUUCCGGCCUACACAUCUUGUUGGCGGGACGGUCAAUUUAGAGUUUACUUGUACACUAAAAGUUUUCGUAGGACAGCAUCUUCCGAAAACUUGUGACGACAACGUUGGGGGUAACGCCAAAUACACACGCAGACUUCAAGCUACUAAUAAAAAAGUGGAUGAAAUAUUGGUCGGAAAUUCUGUGCUUCUUAACACGGAAGAUGUCACGACAAAAAUUAUAUCACCAACGAGUCCGAGCACUUGCACAAAAGAGACCAUCUAUAUAGGCGUGAUUGUGAUGUUGGCAGUUUUAUUUCUUCUGACAUUCGUUGUGUACCUCUUUAAGCGGAGAAAAUUAAAGGCAGAACGUAAAGUGAGACGUGAUGAAUUGAUUAACCUGAAUAAAGUCAAAAUAGAAUUAGAACAAUUGAAAUAUAAUGUUUGCAAUGAUUGUCGAGAAAACCUGGACUAUUCUUGGUACACGCAUGAGGACGGACAAUAUUGGUGAAGGUCACGACCUAAAAGCCUAAAAGCUACAAUAUCAACACAAACAAAUGGUAGAUCCAAGAAAACAUAAAUGUACAAGAUGACUAGAUAUAUUUGACGUUCGAGAUGUAUGCUUAUACGCCAAAGUGGAAAUCUCUGCUGAUCCCAGUAAAAUUGUGACGUCAUCAUUAAUACGACAGUUAAAACAAGGUCGCGUUCAAUGAUAAUAUUUGUCUUGAUAAUCGACCUACAAACAAGAGAGGUGCCUUGGAAAACAAGCAAAACAUGUUGCAAAAACGUUUUCUGCAAUUCUGCUUUUAUGUGACAGAUUUGAUACUUUAUUCCGUUACUCUUGUAAAAAACAAAAAGAGAACAAAAAAUGAAGUAAUUUCCUUCCUUCGAUUUUCAUAUAAAUAUCCUAAUUUGUGCCGAAAUGCUAAAAUCUCUUAUUCAAAUUUACGAAGCGUCAUAGGCUAUAUUUUAUUUUAUUCCUUUCUUCCAGACAAUUUUUCUUUACACGCGAGUCCACGACUUCUUUAGGAGAUUUUCUACUGGAGGAUCAACAACAAAUUACCUAUUUGACGCCACCUGUCAUACCUCCGCCAUGUCAGAGCCAUCUUGGAGACGCUUGAUAAAUGUUCGUUCAUGGUUAAACGGGCGCUUGAUUGUUGAUGUAUCGCCAAACGAGGCUUCAGUGACAUAAAGAGACAUAAAUGAGAGGAAAAAUUGCAGUCAUAAUCAUACACUGAAUUAUUGCCGUAGACCCAGGCCGUUAUAAUUCAGAGAAAAUUGUGGCCCUGGCACGUCUUUCAGUCUCGUACAAACUAUUUUACUGAUACUUAAAUAGACCCGAAGAGAUGAAGAAAUGAUAUGAAUUUAUGCAAAUUGUUGUUAGUUGCUUUUGUCUUACGGUGGUAAGGAGAUUUUGCGGUGUUUAAGACAUGACAUUUCGCUGUUAAUAAUACAUAAUAGCCGGUUAAUAAUGACGCUAUUUCAUACCGAGUGUCGUACCGAAUAUAAUGGAGUAAAUACCAUAAAUAAAGCCUAAAUCACCAAAACUUAGCAAUUCCAUAGAUAAUAAAAGGAAGGAAAAUGGGAAAUUCUUGAAUACUUAUGGUAGUUAAUGACGUAUAAUAAACGCUGUUAUAAGAUCAAAUAAUUUACUUCCACAGUAGAAUAUUCUAACAUAAACAGACAAAUGUUUCUCGAGGUUCUCUCACAGAUAAACGAUUCAUCAAUAUAAUUCAAAAUGUCAAAAACCUUUUGAAAAUGUGAAAUUUUCGCCAUAAAUAACCAUCGUCUAGAAAUGUGCAUGUUUUCAACUUUGAUUACACGAAAGCAAUUUAAAUUUAUUUCAUUUUUUUAUUUUGCAAUGACAAUAGAACUGCUGCAUUAACAUGUUGCAUCGUUUACUUGGAGAAAAUAAGAAAUAAUAAUUUGAGCCGCGUCAUGACAAAACCAACAUAAUGGGUUUGCGACCAGCAUGGAUCCAGACCAGCCUGCGCAUCCGCGCAGUCUGAUCAGGAUCCAUGCUGUUCGCUAUCAGUUUCUCUACUUGUUAUAGGGUUUGUAAGCCCUGAUCAGACUUUUUAACUUCUCUCUUUGCCAUACAAAACAAGAGUUUAUAUAGAACCGGUGCGUUUUUAAAAUAAGAUAAAGCGAAAAUAAUGGAGAAAAUGAAAAUAAUGUAAACCUUUAACUACCUUAUAUUUCUAGAACUUUACUUUUCUUGAAUUUACACGAUUUCUUCCAUUAAAAGGGGAAACAAUUUCAUCCUGAUUCAGACUGACUUCACAGAAACAUCUUAAGGUUAUUGUAUGCAUUUGCUUGUUCAUAUUUUGCUACUUCCAUAUGCAUCACGUGCACAAAUUUAAUACAACCUAACUCCGAAUAACGUCGCUAACGUUAUACGUUUAUGUUAUUUUUGUUAAUAUGGUUCAAAUUCGAGGAAUUGUAUAGUAAAAUGAUCGUUUUGUAAUAACUUCAUCUAUUACUGAUAUCUGGUUGUUAUG